AUGAAUGACGAGAACAAAGCCAAAAAGAAAAAGGAAUACAUGGGCAUCCCACCUAAGUGCGAUAACUGCCCAUUUCAUCACGCUGGGCCAUGUAGGGAUGGAAGAAGUAAUGUCUGCGACAAAGUAGGGCAUGUCAAGGAAACGUGUCAGAAUGGUACGGGACAUGGUAACGAAGGUCAAGAUGGUGACGGAAAUCACGAAGGAAACAACGGCAACAACGACUAUCGAAGGGCCAAUGAUGAACAAAAACAUAUUCGAGGUUGUUUUGACUAUGGGGACAAAGGACAUUUCAAGAAAGAUUGCCCUAACAACAAGCAAGCCAAUGAUAAGAUUUACUUGGGAACUAAGCCGAAAUGUGAAAAGUGUAAAUUUCACCAUGACGGUUGA